AUGCUAUGUGCUAGCCUUUCAAUGCAGAGGACAAAAAGGUUCUAUAACCCGGCGGCGGAGCGAAUUGAGAGCGUCAGUGGUCCCGCCGGGCAUCGAUCGGACUUACUUGAGUCCGAAAUCGUGGGAUCGUCCCACGGUUGGGUGGCACUGUUCAACCCCCGCAACAACUCUGUUGUUCUAUCAAAUCCUUUUACCCACCGCCACAUCAACCUCCCGCCCGUGCACGCCUUGCCCGACCCGGAGAUCAACCUGACCGACGGCCGUGGUCACGUGUCUAAAGUCGUGCUCUCGUGCUGCCCAGACGAGGACGAUGAAGGCUGCCGCGCCGUCAUGUCCUACGGCCCGGGAGACAGGACUUAUGAGGAUUUUACAUAUUGUUCCAAGCGUGAAGUGUUUAGCUGCACAACGCAGUUUGAGGUCGAUUUGGAGGAGUGGAGCCUUGACAUUCCAACCCAAUUCGAGGUUUGGGAUCUUCUUUCUGACCCUCACUCCUGGAAAUCCAAAUCCAAACUUAUCUACUGGCACUCGAUAGACAUUGAAGGCCCGAAAUGCCCGUGGAUAGAGGAAAAUAUGGAUAUUGUCAAGUCCUGCAGGCAGAUACCGUACCUUGUGUACGACAAUCAUGGAGAUCGGCUCUUUCUCGUGGUUCGAUUCGUCAUCCAACGAGCCUGCAUUAACCGACCUUUUGCGGAUGUGGACAGCAUACCCUACGAUCCGGUGAGCGACCGCUUGAUGGUCCAUCUCUAUCCCCACAAAACUAUCGGUUUUUCGGUUGUUGAACUCGAUUUUGAAACGGGACCAAUUUCCCGAAUCAAUGGCCUCAGUCGGAUUGUGGGUGGUUGCGGCAAUUCCUUGGAUGGCCUCGCAAUGUUUAUAGGAUUGAACCACUCAUUUGCAGUGCCAUCAGCGGCUGACUCGGGUUUGAAGCCCAAUUGCAUUUACUUCACCGAUUCCAACAAGCAUCAGGUUCCAUUAGAUUCCAUCUAUGGCGGCCAUGACAUAGGGAUUUUCGAUUAUGAGAACAAGACUUUGUCUCCAUGCUAUUAUACAUGUGAUGUUCGAAGCUAUAGAAGAAUUGUGCCAACACCUGUGUGGCUCACUCCAAGCACACAUUAA